AUGCGCAUAGUAGAUAAGCAAAUAAAAGAAUCCUUCCUUUUAGCAGACAGAAAUUUUGAUGGGCAUAUUUCAUCGAAUGAAUUAUUAUACGCUUUAAGAUUCCUUGGAGUAGAAUCUGAUUAUUCUCUAAUGGAAAAUAAAAGUGGGGCAACUUAUUCAAUGAAUGAUUAUGUUAAAAUAGCUAAGAAACAUUUAGGCGCACACACACCAAAAGAAAGAAUUACAAAUUCCUUAAAAAAAAUGGAUAAAAAUAACAAUGGAACUAUAUCAGUUGACGCAUUAGUUCAUUUAGUUAUGACAAUGAGUGAUAUUUUAACAGAAAAUGAUUACAGAAAAUUUAAAAAAUUUGUUGAUCCUGAAAGCAGAAAUAUCAUACCGUUACAUGUAUUUGUAGAAAAAAUACUUUCGUAA